CUGACAGAUCACUCUGUCUUACUGCUGGUGCUCCGCAAGACAGUUACUAAGGUCUUAUUAUGUCCACCAUGGUCUAUCCAAGGGACGAGAAACUGGAGAAAUUGACCCAAGAUGAGAUUGUAAUGAACACAAAAGCUGUGAUUCAAGGCCUGGAAACCCUUAAAAAUGAGCACAACUCCAUCCUCAACACACUGCUGGACACCAUGAAGUCCCUGCAGAAAGACCAGGACCCCAGUGUGGUCCAAGAGAAAUCCUCCCUGCUCCAGAAAUCUCUGGAGAACAUUGAACUGGGGCUUGGGGAGGCCCAGGUGAUCAUCGCAUUGUCCAACCACCUGAACACUGUGGAGUCGGAGAAACAGAAACUAAGAGCUCAGGUAAGGAGGCUGGUCCAGGAGAACCAGUGGCUGAGAGAUGAAUUGGCCGGGACCCAACAGAAGCUCCAGCGCAGUGAACAAACUGUGGCCCAGCUCGAGGAGGAGAAGAAGCACCUGGAGUUCAUGAACCAGAUCAAGAAGUUCGAUGAAGACGUAUCACCUUCGGAUGAUAAGAGUGGUGAUUCUGCGAAAGACGGAUUGGAUGACCUCUUCCCUAAUGAUGAAGAGCAAACACAAGGACACCAGCCUCACACAGUUGGGGAUGUGGCUCAGCAUGGUGGGUAUGAGAUACCAGCUCGACUCAGGACCCUGCACAACCUGGUGAUCCAGUACGCCUCCCAGGGCAGGUAUGAGGUGGCAGUGCCGCUUUGUAAACAGGCGCUGGAGGACCUGGAGAAAACCUCUGGACACGACCAUCCCGAUGUAGCCACAAUGCUCAACAUCCUCGCGCAGGUGUACAGAGACCAGAACAAGUAUAAGGAGGCAGCACACCUACUGAACGAUGCUCUGAACAUCCGUGAGAAAACUCUCGGCAAAGACCACCCAGCGGUUGCAGCCACCCUCAACAACUUGGCUGUCCUGUGUGGCAAGAGAGGGAAGUAUAAAGAGGCAGAACCACUCUGCAAGAGAGCUCUGGAGAUCAGGGAGAAGGUCCUGGGGAAGUUGCACCCUGAUGUAGCCAAACAGCUGAACAACCUGGCAUUGCUGUGUCAAAACCAGGGCAAGUAUGAGGAGGUGGAGCGAUAUUAUCGGCACGCCCUAGAGAUAUACGUGUCCCGGCUGGGCCCCGACGAUCCCAACGUGGCCAAGACCAAGAACAACCUGGCAUCGUGUUACCUUAAACAGGGGAAAUAUAAAGAGGCUGAGUGUCUGUAUAAGGAGAUCCUGACCAGGGCACAUGAGAAAGAGUUUGGUUCUGUAAGUGGUGAGAACAAACCGAUCUGGAUGCAUGCUGAGGAACGGGAGGAGCAGAGCAAGGGCAGACGGAGAGACGGUGUCCUGUACUGGGAAUAUGGAAACUGGUACAAGGCUUGUAAAGUGGACAGCCCCACUGUCAACACCACCCUGCGGAGUCUGGGAGCCCUGUACCGUCGCCAGGGUAAACUCGAAGCUGCUGAGACACUCGAGGAGUGCGCCACUAAGUCCCGCAAACAGGGGCCAGAGCCAUCUCACCAGACCCGCAUGAUGGAGCUGUUGAAGGACGGUGGCCUGGGUGGUCCAGCUGCUCGUGUUCACCUGACCGGCGCUGGAGGGGUUGUCAACUACAUCGUCAAUGGGGCAGAUAGUGAAGAAACAGGAGGAGCUGAGUGGAGCGGAGAUGGGAAUGGCUCCCUGCAGCGGAGCGGCUCCUUUGGGAAGAUACGCGAUGCCUUACGACGGAGCAGCGAGAUGCUGGUGAAGAAACUUCAGGGGAGCAACUCUCAGGAGCCCAGGAACCCUGGGAUGAAGCGAGCCAGCUCAUUAAACUUCCUGAACAAGACCGGAGAGGAGACGACUGAGCAAUCUGGCAGUAAUUUAGCCGAGUCGAAGAGCCUGAGCGCCAGUAACGUGGAUUUAUCACGACGCAGUUCCCUGUCCAGUUUGAAUUAGGGACCCAGCCGUUGGGAGGGCUGCCUCCACAUUUCUCCAAAAAGCCGGGUUUAAUUUUUGCCGUCACUACCCACGAUCCAGGAAAUACAAGGCCACAGAAUCCUUCACACGGAAUUCUCAACGCUGGGCCCUCAUCAGGACAAAGACAGAUUGUAAAACUUAUCAAGUUUAACAGGUGGUUUGUGUGAGAAUGUGUGAGAGAGAGGGAGAGAGAGAGGGAGAGAGAGAGGGAGAGAGAGAGUGUGAGAGAGAG